AUGGGUAAUAAAAUUAAUCGUAUACAAGACGAAGAAGAUUCUAUAAAAGUUUAUUUGGAGUUAAAUUAAACAAAGUUAUAGUUGAAUAAAAAUUUAGAAGGCAAAGUUAUCUUUAAAGUUCCACCCUAAAUAUAAGGGUAGUUUGAUUUGAAUUUAAAGAUUUAUGGUCUUGAAAAUGCUGAAUAUAACUUCAAAGAAAAAAAUAAAAGCAUUUAUUAAUAUUCUGUGAAGAAUCAUGAAUUCUUUGAGAAGACUCUAAGCCUAGUUUAUAAUGAAAGAAUUUAAGUUGAUGAAUAUCUGUUCGUACCCUUUGAUUGGAAUCCAGAGAUUUCAAUCCCCUCGCUCGAUUAUAAAUAUAGUGCGGACUUGAUAGUUUCUAGAGAAUAUAUAUUGGAAGCUAUAUUAAUUGUUAAAAAUCAACGAAAUAAAAAAUUUUAGUAGAAGUGGCAAUAGAAAGUUUUAUUUUAUAAAGAUUCUGAUGAAUAACUCUAAAUAAUGAAAGAUUCGGAGAAAAAAUAAAAUCAGAAAGUUGAUGCAAUAACAACAUAUAAAUGGUUUAGAUAAUAAAAAGGGUUAGUUUUUGUAUCGUUUGAGGCUGAUAAAAGCAUAAUUUUUAAUGGUGAUUAUUUAAAUGUGACUGCUGACGUAGAUAACACGUUUGGAUAUCUAAAAAUUUAAUCUGCAAAAAUAUUAUUCUAUUUAGAAUUUAUUAUAAAAGAAGAAUUUUUAUAGGGAAUGCCGAAAGUACUACUGUGUGAAGAGAUGUUAGUAGUAACAGAUCAGAAUAAAUAUUUUGGGAAGAUGAAUUUUUAAAUAACUGACAAAUUAAAUCUACCUUAUGAAUCAGUUUCUGAAAGAGUAGGUUGCAGAUAUAUUGUAGUUUUGUAAUUGAUUUUUGAAUAACUUUGUUUAGGAUCAGGAGUUGAUAAUGUGGAAUUUAUACUCCCUUACAUGGAUUACUGUAGAGACAAUAAGGACAAUGCAGAACCAUAAUUGGAAUGCUACACAGAAAUAAAAAACAUAGAUAGUCUUAAUAAGUUUAUGAGUCCAAAUUAUCAAUUACUAUCUGGAAGAUAACAAAUUAGAAAUCAAAAUACAGAUUUUUUAACGAAUAGAGAAACUAGAGUGGCAUAGCAAUCAUAAAUUCUCAUAUGGAAGAAUUGAGAAGAUUUAUAAUUUAAUGAUUUUUGCUGAUUUUUAUUAAAUUAAAUAUUUUCUAAGCAAUAAUUUA